AGCUUUCGGCGGCGCCGGCCCCGCCGCGCCGCGCGCGCCCCGCGCGCCUUCGUGGCGCCUGGGGGCCAUGGCGCUGGCGCCGGGGUGCCGGGUGCUGCCUGAGGCGCUGCACUACUUCCUGCCGCGGGCGCAGCAGGAGGGCACGCGGCUCGUGGUGAAGCUGAAGGCGCGGGCGAGCCUGGGCCACCUGGAGCAGAAGCUGAGGGAUCAGGUCCUGGCGCCGGAGGUGGACCCAGACACGCUGACCUUGGCCACGGAGAUGGCUGCCCAGUGCGUGCGCGAGCAGCGGCGCCACGAGGAGUUCUACACGAGGGACGUGAUCACGGCACUUCAGCUGCUGCGGAACAACACCACCCGGGCGCUGAAGUUCGCCCGUGAGGCUUUGGCCCUGGCCCGACACCUGGGAGACCCGGAUCUGGUCGCAUCGGCGCUGGGCAGUCUGGAGCUGGUGCAGCUGAUCCGGGAGGAGGGCGAGGUGGCCGCGGCGGGCUUCCACAUGGCGGUGAACAAGGACCCGCAGAGGGCGGAGGAGGUGUCCAAGGAGCUGGGGGAGAAGCGCCCAAAGGGCUACUCCGACCUGUUGCGGGGCCUCCUGGGCGGCGGCUUCAGCUUCCUGCAGCUCAGGGGCCAGCUGAUGGUGCUGGACUUCGCUGCCUGGAAGCUGCGCCAGGAUGCCGAUGCGCUGCGCCUGGCCCGGGAGGCGGAGGAGGAGGCGGCGCCGCAUGCAACGGACCUGGAGAAGGGGCUGGCGCAGCUCUUGCUGGGCAAGCUCCAGCUCAGGUCUCCAGAGUCUUUGCGCUUCUUCCAGCGCGCCGCGCAGCACUUCGCCGCGGCCCAAGCGAACCUCGGGGAGGCGGCGGCGCACAGCGCGGCGGCGGCGGCUCUGCUGCUGCUGGAGCGCCCGGAGGCGGGCAAAGCGCAGCAGCAGGCCGAGAAGGCGGCGGCUCUGUGCGAGAAGUUGCAGGAGACCAGGGGCCAGGCGGUGGCGCUGCAGACGUUAGCCAACUGCAAAAUGGUGCAGGGCGUGAAUGAUCCAGAGGACGCCUACCGGGCGAUGAGGCUCUUUGCGCAGUGCGGGGACAAGCAGGGGGAGGGCAUGUGCAGGAAGCUGCUGCUGAAUCUGGGCCAAUCUGAGCAGCAGAUCAAGUCUAGCCUGGACUCGUCCAAGGACGUGGCCAAGUUUGAGGGCCUCGACGCGGGCAAGGCGGAAGAGCAGCGGCAGAGGGAGGAGCAUUUGAGGACGAUCUUCGAGGAGCAGGUGGUCUGGGAAUACAGCUGGGUGCCCUCUGAGACUCAGGACCCCAAGCACUUCGGGGAGAAGCACUCGGGCGCCGUCCGCAAGAUCUUCGCGGCCUCGGAGCUGAAGGACCGCAAGCUGCUGCAGCAGCUCUCGCGGUGCCGUGCCAGGCGGACCAAGUCCCAGCCCCCCAGCUUUGCGAAUCUGAUCAAUGGGCGGCUGCUGACCGCGAGCUCCAUGCAGAGUGCCAUGGAGGCUGCGAGCUGUCUGGCGGUGGUGUACGACACCACACGCCUGAGCCACCUGACGCCCCUGGAGGUGGUGGACGUAGCGAUCCGCUUGGUGCAGGCGCUGCAGGUGAUUGACGAGCCAAGGGUGGCACUGGACAUAGUCAACGCCUCCACCCAGCAAAUCGGCUACACGCAGGGCGUGCGCACGCCCUUCCACUCCACGCUGUGGGGUUUCAUCCGUACGGCCGGCAUGGAGAACCCGGAGAACGAGAUCCGGAUGCUGGACAUAGACGCGGGCAGAUGGAAGGAGGACGUGGCCUUCGUCUGUCGGUACCUCCUGGGGGCGCAGAAGGUGCGGCCCUUCGAGGCGAUCAUCCGGAACGGGGGGCUGCAGGUGGCGCGGCUGGUGAGCGCGCGCAUGCGGCUGCGGCCGCCGUUGAAGCUGGACGGAUGAGGUUGGCGCAUAUCAAGGAGCGCGAACCUCGAGCAGCUAGUGGAUCCCAAUGACCGCAGGGUUUCAUGCCGGACAUUCUCGUUUUGCCUGGUACCAGUUUCUUCUUUGCUGU